CCUGGUGGGCGCGGCGAGGGGCGGAGCCGCGGACCCGGCGCCGGGCGCUGGCGCGGGUUGGAAACCAGCGAGCCUCAGUCAGCCAGGAGCGCGGCGCCCGGCCGGGAUGCUGCGGGCAGGAGCGCCUGCCGGGGACUUGCCCUGGGCCGGCGAAGUCCACACCGGGACAACCAUCAUGGCCGUGGAGUUUGACGGGGGUGUUGUUGUGGGUUCAGAUUCCCGGGUGUCUGCGGGGCAGGCGGUGGUGAACCGAGUGUUUGACAAGCUGUCUCCCCUACACCAGCGCAUCUACUGUGCCCUCUCUGGCUCAGCUGCUGAUGCCCAGGCCAUAGCUGACAUGGCUGCCUACCAGCUGGAACUCCAUGGGUUGGAACUGGAAGAACCUCCGCUGGUUCUGGCUGCUGCAAACGUGGUGAGGAACAUCACAUACAAGUACCGGGAGGACUUGUCUGCACACCUCAUGGUUGCUGGCUGGGACCAGCGUGAAGGGGGCCAGGUAUAUGGAACUCUAGAAGGAAUGUUGAUCCGACAGCCCUUUGCCAUCGGUGGCUCUGGCAGCACCUACAUCUACGGGUACGUGGACGCCGCAUACAAGCCAGGCAUGUCACCCGAGGAGUGCAGGCGCUUCACCACAGACGCUAUCGCUCUGGCCAUGAGCCGGGAUGGCUCCAGUGGGGGUGUCAUCUACCUGGUCACUAUCACAGCUGCUGGCGUGGACCACCGCGUAAUCUUGGGCAAUGAGCUGCCGAAGUUUUACGAUGAGUGAUUCUUUCUCAGACUUGCUUCCUCGUUUUGUAAUAAACUCUCUGAGAACAGAA